GCUGGAGAGACUACAUCGAGAAGACACUUGUGUUUCAAACCAAGAUCAGGUCAAUGAGAAGAUGGCCGACUGGAAGAAUUACAUCAACACUAUACUGAAGGACAAGAACGUGGAGGAUGCUGCCAUUGUGGGACACGCUGAUAACAAGUCUGUCUGGGCAUCCAAGCCAGGGGGAGUGCUGGCUGCCAUCUCCCCUCAGGAGGUCAGCAUGUUAACAGGACAGGAUCGCAAGGCUUUCUUACAAACUGGCAUUACCAUCGGCGGUAAGAAGUGCUCCGUCAUCAGGGACAAUCUGAUGAUCAACAACGAUGGGGUGAUGGACGUGAGGAUGAAGGGAGGGGUGGGUAAGAGCAUCUGCAUCGGCAAAACCAUCAAGACUAUGGUAUUUGUGAUGGGCAAGAAGGGGAUCCAUGGAGGAAUUCUCAACAAGAAGGUGCAUGAGAUGGGCAAUUUCCUGAAGCAGAAAGGCAUCUAG